GUUGUUCUUCCGUUCACGUUUUCUUCGUUCUGACCGCUUGUUUGAGUUAAGACGUGUGCUUGUUCUCAACAGAGCUAAGGCCUAAAGGCGACUUGCACCAAAAGCAUUUAAGUUAAAAAGAUAUCAAAUAAAUAAAAAUAAUAAUGGCUUCAAAAGCUGAAUUAGCUUGUGUUUAUUCCGCAUUAAUUUUGGUUGAUGACGAUGUUGCCGUAACCGGUGAAAAAAUCCAAACCAUCUUAAAAGCAGCCAAUGUUGAUGUAGAACCAUACUGGCCAGGUUUAUUCGCCAAGGCAUUAGAAGGAAUCAAUGUUAAAGAUUUAAUCACAAGCUUGGGCUCUGGUGUUGGAGCUGCACCAGCUGCAGGCGGUGCUGCUGCUGCCCCUGCCGCAGGCGCUGCUCCAGCUGCUGCUGCCAAGGAAGAAAAGAAAAAAGAACCAGAACCCGAGGAAUCUGACGAUGAUAUGGGUCUUGGACUUUUUGAUUAAAUUCCAUAAUUUUUAUGUUUUUUUAUAUUUAUGCAGUUUAAUGCAUAUUAAAAAAUAAAUAAAAACAGUAAAAGUUUAU